UCUAAACGGUGCAAAACUACCAUAGAAGUCCGUCGACUCCAGCCCCCCAAUGAGAAGGGGAAUCACUUCUGGCUUCCGCAGGAUAGAUUGGAGCCGGCUGGUGACUGACCCGACGAUCAAACUGGCUGAUGAGUCUCGGCGUAGCGGCCCACCUGUUGAGCGGCUCGGAUCAUGUAGAUAACUAUCAAACGUUCAAAGUCCAGCCGAGUUGCUUUUUCGCAAGCAGAGAUUUCUCUUCUACUGUCUUCACAGUAAUCGUCGUCUCCUCGGUCGAUUCUCCCUUCAAGGGCUAACCGUUGGAAUCGUCUAACGAUCGAAUUCCGCUGGGGUUUCCAUAGCUUCGGGUUCAGUAAUUUUCCUCAAAGAUGGAAGAAAUUGACUGACCCAAUUCUUGUAAUUUCGUCAAAAAUUCGGGUCCAAAAUAUGGAUAAUUCAAUUAUGGGAGGCAGCCUUUUAUCGGGCCCCUCAGCUGGGAUUUUAGAUCUGGACCCUUCAUUUCAUCGGAAUCCACCGCAGCACUAUCUAUCCCGUCAGGUACCUGUGAUGGGAAUGACAACGGGUCUUGAAACUGACCACACGAUCCCCCUGAAGGGCACUUCUGUGAAUUGCGGUAAAGGGAAGGGCAUUAGUAGUGUUGCUGCUGCUGCUAAUCAUAACAGCACAAGCGAUGAAGACGAACUGGGUUUUAGGGAAGAUGGGAGCGAUGUGAAUUUGAAUGGGGCGAAGGGUAAAAAGGGGUCUCCGUGGCAACGGAUGAAGUGGACGGAUGACAUUGUCCGGAUGCUGAUCACGGCCGUCUUGUGCGUCGGCGUGGAUGGGACAACCCCAGAUGGCCCUGCGGAUGGGCCGCACAAGAGGAAAUCCAGGGCGUUGCAGAAGAAGGGCAAGUGGAAAAACGUAUCAAAGAUCAUGAUGGAGAGGGGCUGUUAUGUCUCACCCCAGCAGUGUGAGGACAAGUUCAAUGACCUGAACAAAAGAUACAAGCGGCUGAAUGAGAUUCUUGGGUGCGGGACCACCUGCCGUGUCGUGGAGAACCCCAGCCUGUUGGACUCCAUGAGCCACCUCUCAGCAAAGAUGAAGGAAGACGUCAGGAAGAUCUUGAGCUCGAAGCACCUCUUCUACCGGGAGAUGUGCGCUUACCACACCGGGCAGAGGAUAUGUGACACCCACGAGAUCGAAUCGCAAGGUUAUCCAAUGGCCCACCUCUUGCGGUGCUCCAGGGACAGUGAUCAGUUCGAGGGGGAAGAUGACGAGGACGAUGAGGAUUGUGAUGGCGGUACAGAGAAUGAAGACGAUGCGAAUGGGGAUGACGAGGAUGAUGAGAGGAACAUUGGUUUUGGUGGGAAAAAGACAAACAUCAAGGAAGGUAGUUUCUGGUCGUUAUCUAAUGAUAACUAUGCUGCUGAAUUGAUUGGAUUGAUUCCAGAUGCCACAAAGCUGCCUUGGGAUCAGCUAGAGUGGAUUAGGAACCGCACGCUGCAGCUCCAUGAGCAGAGAGUUAGUGUUCAGGCUCAGGUGUUUGAACUGGAACAGCAUCGCUUUAAAUGGGAGAAAUUUUGUAGAAAGAAAGAUAAGGAGUUGGAUAGGUUGCGGCUGGAAAAUGAGUGCAUGAGAUUAGAGAAUGAGCAGAUUGCAUUGCAAGUGAAGCAAAAGGAAAUGGAAAUUGAUUUUAGAAGGUCUGGAGCUGUUACAUUGGAUAAACUGCAAGGAAGAGAUCCAAACGAUCUGGGCAGAGUCCAGUAGCUUCUUCGUACUGGAAUCCGUAGUCAUAUGGCUAGAAUUAUAGCUGGUGCGCUUCUAACCCUCCCAAGAUGUAACCCUUCUGAGGUAGUUUAGUUCUCCUACACUUUCUUAUGACACUGACAUUGAAUGCUAUCUUUUAUUGCUGAGAUUUCUGCUGUACAGUUGAGGAUAUUUGUACCUUUUAAAAAAAUGUAGACGGGUCCCGUUGUUGUAGUAAUAUGCUUUACGUUUUGUGGAAUCUCUUUACUGAAAUUUGGUGAUGUAUAAACAAAAGAAAAAUCCAAUUUUCAGCAACUUAGUGUGAAAAGUGUCACAUAGCAAGAGA